AUGGACUUUGAUAACACUAGCAUACGUAUUUUACAGAUUAAUCUAGGGAGAAGUAUUGCAGCUUCCUCCCUUUUAUCUAAGAAUAUUGAUAAUUAUGAUUUAAUUUUGGUACAAGAGCCUCAUUGUAAAAAAAAUAUUCCUUCUUGCUUACCCACCUCUUGUCCUGUGCUGCGGGGAUCCGAUGAUAUUUCCUGGGCAAUUACUUUGAUAGCUAAUACUGAUUUAUCUCUUAUGCAUCAUACAAAUUUCUCUAGUAAAUACCUAAUCACUACUGAACUUAUGAUUGAUAAAGAAAGAUUUAUAGUUAUUAAUGUUUACUUACCAGGUGAUUAUGAUGAUAAUGUUUUUAUAGACGAGCUACAAAGAAAAGUGCAUGCUUUUUGUGAUACAUGUAUUAUAAUUGCGGGUGACUUUAACGCCCACUCCCCGGCAUGGGGCGGUGACGCUUUUGAUUUGCGUGGGGGUAUGCUGGAAGAGUUCUUUGCAGUUAAUGAUUUAAUAAUAAUUAAUAAUCCCUUAUCUUCUCCGACUUUCAUCUCUAGUAGAGGGGAAAGUUGGAUAGAUAUUGCUGUUUGUAGUGCCAAUUAUCACUCUAAAAUACAAGAUUGGAGGAUCUUAGAUGAAGAUAGUCUUACUGAACAUGCCUAUAUCACUUUUAACUUGGUUAACAUAAAUCGUAGUUCAACAUCCCCUUAUCUUCCUCGCAAUAAGUAUGCUUGUAACCGGGCUAAUUGGCCGGCUAUAAAAAAUUUUCUUGAUGAUCAUCUUAUUGAUCAAUAUUCGGAGGACCCUGCUAUUGUUAGAGGGCAAAUUGAUAAAAAUAUUGAAACUAUCAUUAAUGCAUGUGAGCUGUAUAUACCGAAGAGGAUUGUACAGUACAUAAGAAAAGUGUGCCUUGGUGGACCCUCGAGUUAA